UCUCUCUCCGCGUAGCGAGCUUGCAUUUUCUAUAUAGACACCUCCGCAAGCUCGCCAGAAGCGCACCGUCGCGAAACUGCGCAAACUCGCGUCGUUCGUCGCGCCCCACUCCGCGGUAACGUCGGCUCGGCGUGGAGCGGCUACUACGCGAGUCAGUGGACAAGCCGCCGGCAGCGAGUGCGCAUCGUUUGUCUGCUUUGAUCGCCACGCACACGUACACACAGCGACACGGCUACGGCCCGGAGCUAGCGAGAGAGAGAGAGAGAGCGAGAGAGAGGUUGUGUUGCAUAGGGGGGGAGGGGGCUUUCAAGUCGCUCUCUCCGUCUCUGUCCCUCUGCGCAAGCUCGUGCGCGCGCGGCGGCAGGCUUGACGCGAGCACUGCUGCUGCUGCUGCUGUUGGUUUGGCUGCCUGCCUGCCUGCCUGCCUGCCUGCCUGUCUGCCUGUCUGCUUAUUGAUCCAAAGUAUACGAGAGCGAGAGAGAGCAAGUGUAAGCGCGCGCGUUAGCGGCAGCAACCUCCUCCUCGUCGUCGUCGUCGUCGUCGCCGCCGCUGCCGCCGUCGUCGCCGUCGACGUCGUCGCGCAGUACCGCUGCGGACGAACGAGCCUGCGAGCAAGACACACGCGCGAACGCCUCUCUCUCUCUCGCAUCGGAGGCACCGACGUGUUCCUGCAUUCGGCACUCUACUCCGCUGGGUCGCUCUCGCGCGCGGGCACACACGCAGAGCGGCGCUCCUCGGCGCGGAAAAGCGGAAAAGCACACUCGCGGAGAGCGGUGUUUCUUCCCCGUCGCACGGAUAAUUGUGCGCGCGCGCGCGCGCGCGCGUGUGUGUGACAACGUAGGCGGCCGCGUACUGCUGGCGCGUAUGCGUGUGUGUGCAGCAGACGAGGAGGCACGCAGCAGAGCGAGCGAGUUACGUGCUCGCGCGAGGCAGGGGAUCAAGAGGUUGUUUGUUGUUCGGUUCGAGUUGUCGAAGGGCGGUCGUCGGCAAGCGGUGGCUGGUCGCCGACGCAGCGAGGGAUAAUCGUCCAGUCGACUCGAGUCGAGGAGGCAGGCGGCGUCGCAGAUCUCCGGCUGGCUGUCCUCGGUGCUCGACCGCAGGAGCGUCGGCCCAGCCGCAAGCCAGCGCGCUGGUUCGCUAUCACCUCGGCAUGGCCGCCCAGGGCGCUUGCACGCGCUUCAGUGACAACUACGAUCUCAAGGAGGAGCUCGGCAAGGGCGCCUUCUCGGUUGUCCGGCGAUGCGUGCAGAAGAGCACCGGCUUCGAGUUCGCAGCGAAAAUCAUCAACACCAAAAAGCUCACGUCCAGGGACUUCCAGAAGCUGGAGAGAGAAGCGCGGAUAUGUAGGAAGCUGCAGCAUCCGAAUAUCGUGCGACUACACGACAGCAUACAGGAGGAGAACUACCACUACCUGGUGUUCGACUUGGUGACCGGGGGCGAGCUGUUCGAGGACAUCGUGGCGCGCGAGUUCUACAGCGAGGCGGACGCCUCGCACUGCAUCCAGCAGAUCCUCGAGAGCGUACACCACUGCCAUCACAACGGGGUCGUGCACAGAGAUCUGAAGCCCGAGAACCUGCUGCUGGCGAGCAAGGCCAAGGGCGCGGCCGUGAAGCUGGCCGACUUCGGGCUGGCGAUCGAGGUGCAGGGCGACACGCAGGCAUGGUACGGCUUCGCGGGCACGCCGGGCUACCUCAGCCCCGAGGUGCUCAAGAAGGAGCCCUACGGCAAGCCGGUGGACAUCUGGGCGUGCGGCGUCAUCCUCUACAUCCUGCUGGUCGGCUACCCGCCCUUCUGGGACGAGGACCAGCACCGGCUCUACGCGCAGAUCAAGUCCGGCUCCUACGACUACCCGACGCCCGAGUGGGACACGGUCACGCCCGAGGCCAAGAACCUCAUCAACCAGAUGCUCACGGUCAACCCCAACAAGAGGAUCACCGCGAGCGAGGCCCUGAAGCACCCCUGGAUCUGCCAACGCGAGCGCGUGGCUUCGGUGGUGCACAGGCAGGAGACCGUGGACUGCCUCAAGAAGUUCAACGCCAGGCGCAAGCUAAAGGGCGCCAUUCUCACCACGAUGCUAGCCACCAGGAACUUUUCCAGUAAGUAUGACGCACAGGGUAAAAGCAUCGUGACGAAGAAGGGCGACGGGUCCCAAGUGAAGGAAUCCACCGACAGCAGCACAACGCUCGAGGAUGACGACAUCAAAGAGGAUAAGAAAGGCGGUGUCGACCGGAGCAGCACUGUCAUUGCCAAAGAGCCCGAAGCGGCCUACGGCUCGCAGGGGACGCCGCCGAGCAGCCCCGCAGCCGUGGCCUCGGUGUUCUCCAGGGCGAUCGGCGCGGCGCAGGCGCACCGGCAGCAGAUCCAGCAGCAGCAGCAGCAGCAGCAACAGCAACAGUCGCCGCCGCCGCCGCCGCAGCCGCCCGGCAGUCCGCUGAGCAUCGUCGCGGCCGUUCUCUUGCAGAGCGCACAAGCGGGUGGAGGCGGCGAUACGAGCAGCGGCAGCAGCAGCAGCAACAGUAGCCAGAACAGCCAGGGAGGCGUGUCGCCGCUCAACCCAUCGGCGUCGAUGGUUAACCCCAGCGACAGCACCCGCCAGGUGGCCACCUCCAGGCGACAGAGCUCGGCGAGCACUGAGCCGGAAGGUCCGAGCCACCAGCCGGGCGGCUACGUGCAGCUGGGCCACGGCACGCAGGAGGACGACAUACGAAUCGUCUGUCCUAUCAAGACCUGCAGCCAGCUCUCAACGAACUCGCAGUGCUCAGCUCGACGCCAGGAGAUCAUCAAGAUGACCGAGCAGCUCAUCGAGAGCAUCAACACCGGCGACUUCGAGGCGUACACGAAAAUCUGCGAUCCCCACCUGACCGCGUUCGAACCGGAGGCUCUAGGUAAUUUGAUCGAGGGAAUGGAAUUUCACAAAUUUUACUUUGACAAUGACACGGCGUGGCGCACACCCAGCAGAGCGAGGAGAGCCGAGUCUGGCACAAGAAGGACAACAAGUGGCAGAACGUGCACUUCCACCGGUCGGCGGUCACGGGCCCCUCGCCUUUCGUCUUCAACAAGUAAGCUGGCCAGCGAGCGCAGCGGAACACCUCCUUCGCCAUCUCCGACCACCGCCAUCAGCAUCGCGCAACUCAAGUUUGUCCGCGCAGCGGACAAGCGACCACAACAGGACAAACUCGGUUUCACGCUCUCCUUCGUUUUCGUUCUCGUUUCAGCCUACUCAUCCUCUAAGAGCACGCCCGACGCGCAUAUUCUAAUUCUUUCGUAGCUAGACAAGCUGACAAAUACGCAAACAGACAAACAAGCAAACAAACAAAUACAGAAAAACAAGGGUACGGGAGGGGAAGAGGGAAUCGCCUUAGAUAACAAACAAACAAAAAUAACCGACCAACGUGUGCCAGCAUUGAUGACCGUGUGUGUACUAGGGUCUCUUCGUCCCGGGUCCUCUACUCAAGACUGCACUCAACAAAAAAAUAAAUAAAUAAAAAAUAAUAAAAAAAGAACAAUUUCAAUGAACCAGCUCGUCUUAUAUCUCGUCGUCUUAAUCUUUAGGUAACUACAAUUGUAUUCGGAGCGAGGAAGGAAGCGAGAAAAAGUCGCACCGUCGGCAAAACUGACAGAGAGAGGGACAUAAGAGAAAGAAAACAAGCAAAGCUCUUUAAAUCGAAAGUAUUAUGUAAUCACACACGCGGCUAAAGAGACACCUCCGACUUGAAGAACCGGACCAAUCGUCAGCGUUCCUCAACUGUUCCGCACUUAUUUAGAGCCGACUUUGUAAUGUCACACGCGUACACACACACGCGCACACAAGCGCGCGAUUACACGUACGCGCAGAGAAUCUCGAUUUACUCGUACGAUUCUCAUUGGCGAUCUGCACGCUAUUAGGUCGCGCGCAAGACAGAAGCGCGUCUGUGUGUCAAGGUUUAUCGUAACUUUAAAUAAAGAGCUGCGCUUCUCGAGCUUUUUCUACCUUUUUAGAAUAAUUAAACUAAACGAAAAUACAAGGUGGAAAGUUUUGUGUGUCGAUCACGCCAUUUUUUUCUCUAUAUCUCACGCGUUGUAACACACGCACACACACACACACACACACGCACACACACACACACACACACACACACACACACACACACAAUGAACCAACGCGUCGUUAUCCUAUAUCAAUUUUUCAAAGAAACAGUCAAGUUCAAAUAUAUAUACUGCUAACGAAUAGACUACUGUCACUUUACAAUGAAGAGUCGCUUCGAUAUAAAACGAUGAUUGAUUAUUGUCUACUGAAAACAUAGAGGAGAGUGUGUUGUACAGAUGGAACGGUUUUCCAAAUCUUCCACGCGUCGACUUGUGUAAUUGUUUUCUUUACUUUUAUGUUGGUUCUCCUUCGAUUUACGUUCUAUUGCUCAUUGUAAAAGGCACACCAACAAAAAAUAAGCCGUCAUAGAUGUGUUUGCGUUAUAUAUAUUUCUAUAAUAGCAUAGGCGUAUGUCUCGUAAUCGUACUUACGUAGGAUAAAAGAAAGCGAAUGCGGUGAUUGUAUUGCGCUCUGCUGCUACUGCUGCUUUUUAAUCGAUCGCAGCUCAUCGACAGGAAGCAGACAGGCAAACAAGUAAACAAAAUAAAAUUAAAGUUAAACAAUUGUAUCGCACUGCGUAAGCUCAUAACCUCACCUUGCAACAGAAUUACACCUCCGCGAAUGUAUAUGUACAUACAUAUGUUCGAGUGUGAAGAAGGCAAAGGAGGCAAAAGAUGAAUAAAAAGAAAUUGGAGAAAAGCAAGCGCGUGACUGCUUCUCGUGCGAUUGUGUGAAAAUAAAAGCAUAGCCAGCGAUGCGGACGCUUUUUCUUCUGGACAGGGCUGAAGGCGAAGGAACGAGCUGAAAAGCGCGCGAUUGCUCCGAAAGCGAACCUCAAAAAAUGAAUAAAGAGAAAAGAGAAAAGAGAAAAGAAAAAAGAAAAAAAAAACGAAAAAAAAGAAAAAAGUCUCACUGUAUCGCGAAGCCGAAACGACGAAUUUGCGCUCGCGUGCGCUCUCUCUCUCUCUCUCUCUCUCUCUCUCUCUCUCUCUCUCUCUCUCUCUCUCUCUCUCUCU